AUGACGACUUGUAGACCUCUGAAUAGACAUCCUACCCAACAUCUUGGUCCUUACAUUCGUUUAAUAAAUGAAGCUAGUAUUAGAGGUUUCUGCUUGUGUUUUCUUUGUUCCUUUUUGCCCUUUCAGAUCCAGCUGUGGGAUACAGCAGGACAAGAGCGCUUCAGAAAGAGCAUGGUGCAGCACUACUAUAGGAAUGUACACGCCGUUGUGUUUGUGUAUGAUAUGACCAACAUUGCUAGUUUUCAUAGUCUGCCAUCAUGGAUUGAAGAAUGCAAACAGCACUUGCUUGCCAGUGAUAUACCACGGAUUCUUGUUGGAAAUAAAUGUGACCUGAGAAGUGCUAUUCAGGUGCCUACAGACUUGGCUCAGAAGUUUGCUGAUACUCACAGUAUGCCAUUGUUUGAAACCUCUGCUAAAAACCCCAAUGACAAUGACCAUGUGGAAGCCAUAUUUAUGACACUGGCUCAUAAGUUGAAGAGUCACAAGCCAUUAAUGCUUAGUCAACCCCCAGAUAACAAUAAGAUAUAUUUAAAGCCUGAGCCAAAACCUGCCAUGACUUGCUGGUGUUAGAUCACAAUUAUGCAGUUAUCACCUUUUCUUGUUUGCAAAUACUCUAAAAGUAUGAUCUUGGCAGAGUUCGAGUUUUAGUAGCAAUCAUGUAUGAUCUCUUUGGCACUUUAAUGUGUGUUUCUUGUGUAGAUGUGCCACUCUUGUAUCUCUGCACUUUGUUCUAUCUCAAUAACUGAAGCUUCGCUGUACAUAGGCAGAAAAAUCCUUUCUAAUGAAGGUUUAGCACAGCUAAUUCACUUAAGUUACUUGUUUAUUGAAAGCAUUUCCAUCGUAUUGUUAAUAAUAUAGUUUAUUUAUUUUUGGUUAGCAUUUUGUUGAUCCUUCCACAUUAUGCCAGAGUUUUGGAGUAGCCAGAGGAUUCCCAUCUUUGGCUUAAUAGAGGAUGAGUGUUUAUGAAAUGCUGGUUUCGUGGGCAUUUUGGAUAAUGACACAGAAGACUUUAGGGCUUGUCUGCACUGACACUUCACUGCGCUGUAACUUUCUCACUCAGGGCGUGAAAAAACACACACAUACCUCUCGAGCACAGCAAGUUACAGUGCUGUAAAGUGCCUUUGUAAACAGGCUCCCAGUGCAGGUGUCGUGACCACACUGCCACAUUGAAGUGCUGCCUCACCACUUUAAACUCAGAAACGUAGACAAAGCCAGUUUCACUGCAUCUCCAGGCAGCUAUAGGUAUAGAUAUGUGCUGUGAAAAGAGGGCAAUGAAUGAAAUCAACCUAAAAUGUGAAUGGGGGAACACCAUUGAUCUCAGUAGUUUGCCAUCCCACCUCAAAUCCUGACUAUUCAUACACGGCAAAGGGGAGAGAAUCCACAAAUUCUCCUUGUCCUCAAAUAGUAGUUUAAAGCAUACAAUUUGAUAAAUUAUUUGUAGUUUGUAUCCCACAUGUGUCACUCUAUAUAAAAUUGUUUGGAUAUAGCACAGGGAUGGGAUUUGAGAGGAUCCAGGUUUCUAAUCUUAAUUCAGUCAUAUGCUGCACAAUAGCGCGGAGAGCUAAAUCA